AUGAUGGCAGGGAAGCACACUCCGAGCGCGCGGAUGGGAACGAGCAAGGUCGUCUCGCAGUCCCCAGCGAAGAAAAUGAAGCCCAAGAGCAGCUCGAAGAAGCAAAGUUUGGCGGACACGCCGGGAUCAGCAACCAAGGCGAAGACUCACAAGAAGGCAGCAGCAAGCUCUGAGAAAAAAUCGAUCCUGAGUAGGCAGACGCGGAUCGAGCAUUCGAGAGAGGCUGGGAAUGACGACUGCUUCAAAGAGGAGCUGAAUGAGCAGCUCCGUGCCAAUGAGCAGCUCCGAAGUGAAAAUCAUGAGCUCCGGAUUGAGAUUGUGAGCCUGGAAUCCAAACUCAGAAUGUCCCAGCAGGAGCUUCAAAGCCUCUCCCGGCAGUUUGAAAAUCUGGCAGAGCAGAAGCAAGGCCUGGAGACCUCGUACUCGUUCAAGCUGAAGCAGUCGCAGAAGCAGACGGAGAUGCUGGAGGGACACAUCAGGUCUCUCAAGUCGGAGGUUCUGGAGGCGGAGAAGGGCUUGCUGAUGAGGGAGCGAGCGAAUCUGCAAGGGCAGGAGGACGCGACGAAGAGAUUCGACGACAUGCUGAUUCUCAAGGACAGGGAGGUCGAGAGGCUGAAGAAAGCGCUCACAGAUUCAAUCAACCACAGCAACAACGUCACUCAGGAGCUGAGCAGACACAGAGUCAUGGUCGAGCGCUGCAAGCGAAGAGAGUCGGAGCUGCAAGAAGCCAUCGCCUCUGCACACCGGGAGGUCGACAGUCUUCGGAGCUCCCUGACCAACUACGAGCACUUCCGCCCCUUCUACUCUUCAGACUCAGGGCGAGACGAGUGCAAGGUGGCGCUGCUGGAGCAGACUCUGCAAAGUCUUCGCAAGGAGCUCAAGGGAGCGAUCAUUGCGAAGGAGGCGGCGAUGGAGGCCCACGAGAACGAGAAGGAGGAGAAGCAUAUCCUUCUGGACGCCUACGACAAGCUCCGCACCGACUUCGAAACCUUCCAGGUCGAGUCGCGAUCGCAGAGUGAGGAGGACAAGGCUGCCAUCGACUACCUGGAGAAGGAGCUGACGCACAUCCGCCAUGUCCACAACAUGCUGCAGAGGGACCGCCACGAGCUUGAGAAUGCUCUGUCCGAGCACCAAAAGCGUGAGCAGCACUUCGAGGAGCUGUCGCAGGAGAUCGGGGAGCACCGGGAGAAAACGCUGCUGGCCGAGCAAGAGUGCGUGCAAUUGCGGCAACAGAUCGAGACGCUGCGGAACGACCUGGACUGCUCUCUGUCGCAGAGCCAGCAGCACGUGGGGAGGGAGUUGCACAUGAAGAGGGAGGUGGAGAAGAUCGUCUCCUACCUCACCCGAGAGAUGGAGAGCAGCAGCCAUCAGAAGCUGAUCCUCCAGAAGCAUCUCAACGCGCUGACCUCCGACCUGGUCGCCUGCAGGGAGCUGGCGCGAGAGCUCGAGACUGUCGUGGGCUCGUCCUGGUCCAGGCAAGGGGCGCAGCCUGAGAGAGCAGAGAUGGCAGUACAGGCGGCCCCGGCAGCAGACGUCAAGUACCCAGAUCUCGAGGUAACCUUGACCUCUGACUUGGUUGAACGCCUGCUGAUGGAGGUGCAGAAGGAGGCGCUGCAGGAGCAGGUCUGGAAGCUGAGGGGCAGGUUGGAUGCCGAGGAGACUUUCAGACGGGAGUUGACGAACCGGCUUCCCAUGCAUGAGCUCGAGAGAAGCGGGAGGAGCGAGGGCGUCAACAGGAGCUCGAGGAUGGGGGACGCGAGGAGGGCAGGGGCGGAUGACUUGCAAUCUGAGACGCCGGACACUUCGAGCCUCCUGCGCUUCGAGCACAUGGGCCAGGCGGCACGAGAAAGUCAGGACGAUGGUGCUGGUGGGGAAGAUCCGAGCGAGGCCAUGGAGAAGGAGCUGGAGCAGUACAAGGCGCAGGUCAGCGACAGCCAGAACGCCUCUGUUGACAACCUCCUCCGCUUCUUCGACAUCGACCAGCACUUGGCUCCGUCCCCUCACGCCUCCGGCGACUCCAGGCAAGCGCUCGUUGUGUCUCGUCCUCGGCUGACUCUCGAUGUUCAGGAGAGCUGCGGCACACAGGACUACCCGCAUGCGGCAGGCGACGAGCCCGAGCAGGGACUCCAACAGCUCCUUGCCCGAUACGCCUCAGCAGCCUCAGCAGCACUUGCAUGCUCCAUAUGGCGAACUACCCCGCCGUCCACAGCAGGACGCAGCACCCCUGCCAGGCCCUCCUACCAGGUAGCGCCGAAUGGGAACUGGAGCUACAUGAGCCCUCCGGUCCCUCGUCAUGACACUGGCAUCCGAGAGAUCAGCGAGCUCGCAGCGGAAUGGCGGCAGAUUGAGAGCCGGCGAGCAGUCUUGAGCAUCAAGGAAGAGGCGCAGGCGCGCGUGCUCGAUGCUCUCAAACAGGCAGGCGCCACUCCCUCCGCCCUCCGCAAGCUGAUGAGACUGCAGGCCCAGGAAGUUUUGAACCACUCGAGCGAGAGUAUCAUGAAUGUGUAA